AUGGCAACGACAACAGUCCUCAGCUUGUCGACGCUACCGAGCCGGGUAGCCUACAGCCCACUCGUCCCGUCACCGCUGAACCCGGAUGUUGACUUGGUCGUACCGCCACGGCACCACAAGUUGCGGGAGAAGAGGCGGCAGCAGAGCCGAGGGGACGUCAGCCCGACGCAGAGACUUCUCCGUCACAAAGCCGCUAUGGCGUGGAAGUCGGAAGCUCUGACGCGAGAGAGCCGCAUCUACACCCGAGAAGAAAUCCUCAGCAUCAUUGCCGACUGCGACAGCCAGGAUGCUGCGGCGAGGACACCCAUUAUCAUGCCCGACCUGCCAGAGAAGAGGAAGAAGCAGCAGCAGCCCCAAGUACACAUCCGGGCUGCGCACUGGAAGGAGAUGGACGGAGAGGAGGAUGACUUCUUCUGCGAGCUGGACGACUUGCUCGAUACGGACACAUCAGACGAAACCCCACGGCAAUGGCCCACGCUCGUUCCUAAACUCCGCAGCCCCUUCUCAAAAGACACGGCCAGACGGGUCGCCCUAGCAAUUGGGCUGAUGUGCAUUUGCGGGUGCUUGCCGGUGCUUCGAGCACAUGGCUUCCACAUAUACCAGGCGUCGGAAGCGCCGUAG